AUGUCAAUAAGUUAUUUAAAUUUUUUAUCAAGUUUAGGAAUAAGUGAAUCAAACUACCAGUGGGUUGGUGCUUGGUGGUUGGGCUAUGUCAUUUUUGCAAUCAUGUGCUUCGCAUUUGCUUUACCAAUUUUUGGUUAUGCGAAUGAUUUGCCAGGUGCAAGUUCUAUAAGAGCAGCGAAGAUCAACGAAUUGUCGGUUUUUAGUUCUUCAAAUUUGAAAGAAAGAGUUGAUGUCUACAUGACCAUAUGGAAGUUACUUCACAAUACAACGUUUUUAUUGAUUUGUCUCUUCUCUCUGUGUGACAUGUUUGUCCUAUGUGGCUUAAAUUCGUUCGGACCUAAACUAAUUGAAUUGUUAAUGUUUGUUUCUCCGACGUUCGCUGGUUUUGUUUUUUUACCGGCCGGAGCUCUGGGAACGUUGAUUGGAGGUUACAUUAUAAACAAGUUCAAGAUGCAUGUUUGUGCAAUGAUGAAAUUUCAGUUGUUGCUGUCCAUCGCUGUCAUCGCUGUGGCACCAACAAUUUUUUCACACUGUCCAAGCAAUAACCUAGAGUACCAGAAUUGUUCCUGUGUUUCUUCAAGUGACCAGCGCCAUCCCGAUGGCCAUGGCAAACCGUGCUCGAAACAUUGCAAACUUUCUUACAUUUUUGUUGUUGGAUAUGCUCUGAUAUUUUGUUUUGCUUGUAUCUGCUUAACAACAACCGUGUCGAUUACAUUUAGAGUAAUUCAGCCAUAUCAAGCUACUGCUGCCUUAUCCAUGCAAACCUUGUUGGUUAAAAUAUCAGGCACCGUUCCAAGCCCUUUGAUAUUCGGAGUGGCACUUGACAGUAGCUGCUUCUUCAAAGAUGUUCAAUCGAGGCACAUGAAGAUUGAAAAUCAGAAAGUUGCCAAAUACAUAUUUUUGAUCUUGCUGGUUCCCAAAGUGAUAAGUGUGUUAGCCAUGGCUAUAAUGAUUUCUCUGCAUAAAUCUAACUCAGUCUCAAAAAAUCUAAUCGAAGAUAUAACUAUAGAAGUCAAACCCGCUUGA